GAUUCCCCUUGCUUUUGACGGUCAUGCCGAAGACUUGUGCACUGUGCAAAAAGUCGCGGGCGAUACUCAAGCGUCCCAAGACUGGGCAGCAGAUCUGCAAAGAAUGUUUUUUCUAUGUUUUCGAGACGGAGGUGCACAAUACGAUAACUGAAUCGAAGCUGUUUCAGCCUGGAGAUCGGGUUGCGAUUGGGGCGUCUGGAGGGAAAGACUCUACCGUCCUGGCAUAUGUCAUGAAGACACUCAACGAACGAUACAAUUACGGCCUCAAUCUAUUUCUCCUGUCAAUCGACGAAGGGAUAACAGGCUAUCGGGAUGACUCACUCGAGACAGUGAAACGGAACCAGGAGCAGUAUGAUAUGCCCCUCAAGAUCCUGUCUUACGACGAGCUCUAUGGGUGGACUAUGGACGCCAUCGUAGCAGAGGUCGGCCGGAAGAACAACUGCACUUUUUGUGGUGUUUUCCGGAGGCAGGCGCUGGACCGGGGCGCUGCUAUGCUUAACGUCGACCACAUCGUUACGGGCCAUAAUGCAGAUGAUAUCGCGGAGACGGUCCUCAUGAACAUAAUGCGAGGAGAUAUCGCGCGGCUCGGACGGUGUACCUUGAUAUGUACGCAAGGAGAAGACACUAUACGACGCUCAAAACCUUUCAAGUAUACCUACGAGAAAGAAAUCGUCAUGUAUGCUUAUUUCAAAAAACUGGACUACUUUUCGACAGAAUGCAUUUAUUCACCCGAUGCCUACCGGGGUCAUGCACGGACCUUCCUGAAAGGCCUUGAAGCAGCCCGGCCGAGCGCUAUCAUAGAUAUCAUCCAUUCUGGGGAGGCAUUCGAGGUGAGCGAGGAAGUCAAGGCAACGCAAAAAUUACAACAAACAUGCAAGAGAUGCGGUUACAUGUCCAGUAACGAACUGUGCAAGGCAUGUACCCUUCUGGAAGGUCUGGAGCGCGGAAUGGCUAGUUCUGGCAUUACGGAGCGCGCAAGGAAGAGAUUGGAGGCCGAAGGCCCGGCUCCUGAUAGUCUUCGUACUAUCCCCUUCUUCAAACCACCAUCUGGAAAUCCGACUGUCACUAUAGAGGUGCCUUCGUGACAACAUCUUCGCCGUGUACGAUAAGUAGAGUCUUACCCCCAUUUGUAUCGAUAUUUUCAUGCACAGAUAUCUGUAUAAUUGUCAUUCCUACAAAUGCGAAUGAGCGGAGCCUUGUACAUCCAUAUCAAUCAAGCCUUUAAGC